ACUGCGCAUGCGCCUCACUCAGCCGGAGAAGAUGGCGACCAGCAGCGGCGGAGUGAUGGAGGUGGACGGAGCAGCAAGUCCCAGCGUGAUGGCAUCUGGAGUAACAGGGAGUGUGUCUGUGGCACUCCAUCCUCUCGUCAUCCUGAAUAUUUCCGACCACUGGAUCCGGCUUCGCUCUCAGGAGGGCCGUGCCAUGCAAGUGAUUGGAGCUCUGAUAGGGAAGCAGGAGGGAAGAAACAUUGAGGUGAUGAAUUCAUUUGAGCUGUUGUCACACACUGUGGAUGACCGCAUUCACAUCGAUAAAGAGUAUUACUACACCAAGGAGGAGCAGUUCAAGCAAGUUUUUAAAGAUAUGGAGUUUCUGGGCUGGUAUACGACUGGUGGCCCUCCUGAUCAAUCAGAUAUUCACAUUCAUAAGCAGGUGUGUGAAAUUAUUGAGAGUCCACUCUUUCUGAAGCUGAACCCUAUGACCAAACACACAGACCUGCCUGUGAGUGUGUACGAGUCUGUGAUUGACAUCAUUAAUGGAGAGGCGACCAUGUUGUUUGCCGAGCUGACGUACACACUGGCGACAGAGGAGGCGGAACGGAUCGGAGUCGAUCAUGUGGCACGCAUGACUGCCACAGGCACAGGAGAAAACUCUACAGUGGCAGAGCAUCUGAUUGCUCAGCACAGUGCAAUAAAGAUGCUGCACAGUCGUGUGAAGCUGAUUCUAGAGUAUGUGAAGGCUGUGGAGGCAGGUGAGGUUCCAUUUAAUCACGAGAUCCUGAGGGAAGCGAAUGCUUUAUGUCACCGUCUGCCUGUACUGAGCACGCUCAAGUUCCAAACCGACUUCUACGAUCAAUGUAAUGAUGUGGGGCUGAUGGCGUAUCUGGGCACCAUCACCAAAACCUGCAACAGCAUGAACCAGUUCAUCAACAAGUUCAACGUGCUGUACGACAGACAGGGCAUCGGCCGCCGCAUGAGGGGGCUGUUCUUCUGAAACACACACUCACACACUCCCUCAUUCUCACAUACCCCAAAGAAAUGGUCUGCUGAUGACAGAACAAGGAGGAAAUUUAAAGACAUACACAGUGUUCAUGUAGAGGCUUGUACAGAGUUAAUCUGAACCUGUUAACACUGUUUUGAGUUUAAUGAUGCAACAUCAAUUGUUUUCAGUUACACAUACAUUGAACUUUGGUUUAAUACACGGACACAGUGACUCUGUGAUGCUUUUUUGAUGUAAUUAAAGAUUCUGGAAAUAAAUGUGACCUUUGACUUUUGGGAA